UAGCUACAGCUUUUGGCUUCAAAAUGAGGUCUGUUGCUGUUUUCCUUCUGAUGCUCUGCUGCUCCAUCAGGAACAGUCGAUCAGAGUUCUCUGUUCCUGCAGAUGAUCGCACCAGGACUGAAGCACACGCCCUUAGGGACCUUGGUGUCCUCUGGGAGGAGGUGCAGGGCUUGAAGGACCUGGUCCUUAGUCUAAAGGGGGAGGAAGUGGAGCGACGACAAGAACUUCGAAGUGUGGAGAGCCGGCUGAGGGACGGGGAGAUGGUAGCAGAGCAGCAGAAGCAGAGCCUGGUUGAGGUGCAGGUGGCAGUGGGGCGCCAGAUAGACAACCUGAGGAGGACUCUGCUGACAGAGCAGGCCUCUGUCCUGAGGAGCAAGAUGGAGGAGCUGGAAGUCCAGUCCAAAGCACAAGCAGCUGCAAUACUAGAGCUUCAGGCAAGAAUAAACACCAGUGAGAGCUCAGUGGAGAGCUUGAAGAAGAAGAAUGCAGUUCUUGCGGCUGAGCUGCCGUUCCUGCAGACCAGACUGAGGGCGAGUGAGAGCACCGUGGAGCAGCUCAGGAGGAAGGACGCAGUUCUGACGGGUAGAAUGUGCAACACGGAGAGUUUGAUGGAAGACCUGAUGGGGAAGAUCUCAGAGAUCCAAGCCUGCAAUAGUUCAGCUGUGAUGGUCUCUGAAGUGGUGGUGCUGGAAGGUCGUCUGAAGAUCCAUCUGGACAAGCUGAAGGCAAACAUAGAAGGCCAGGUUCAUGAGCUGGAAAACAAACUGGACUCCAGUCAGCUGCACCUGGAAGAACUGAGUGCUGCUGCUGAGAAUCGCCUGAAAGAAGCUGAGAGACAACAAGAUGAGCUGAGGAAACACAACACAGAGUUGGUGAGCAGACUUAGAUCCUGUGAAAAACAGCUGGACGACCUGAAAAUGUUAAACAGAGACAUGGAGAUCAGACUGAGAUCCACUGAGGGACACCUGAACCAGUUUAAGAAUCACACUACAGACUUGGUGAGCAGACUGAGAUCCAGUGAAGAACAGCUGGAAGAUCUGAAGACAACAAACACAGAUAUGGAGGUCAGACUUGGAUCCACUGAGGGCCAGCUGGGCCAGCUGAAGAAUCACACUGCAGUUCUGGAGGUCAGACUGAGAGUCAGUGAGAGACAGCUGGAGGAGCAGAAAGCAGAAAACUCAGUUAACAUAGAGGUCAGAUGGAAAUCCACUGCAACACAGCUGGUCCGGUUGGAGAACCACACCGCAGUUCUGGAGGUCAGGUUGAGAGCCAGUGAGAAGCAGCUGGAGGAUUUGAAGACAGAAAACUCAGAUCUGGAGAGCAGACUGAGAUCCACUGAGGGACAUCUGGACCAGUUGAAGAGUCAGUCUGCAGUUCAGUUCUCCCAAAUGGAAUCCAGACUGGCCGAUGGACUGAACAGAACAACAGGACUGGUGAGCAGACUGGAAUUCAAUGAAAAACAACUGGAAGAUCUGAAGACUAGAAACACAGAUAUGGGGGUCAGAAUGAGAGCCGUUGAGUUAAGGCUGGAUCAGUUCAAGAACCACACUGCAGACUUGGUGAGCAGACUAAGAUCCAGAGAAGAACAGAUACAAAAUCUGAAAACAACAAACGCAGAUAUGGAGGUCAGACUUGGAUCCACUGAGGGACAACUGGUACAGUUGAAGAAUCACACUGCAGUUCUAGAGGUCAGACUGAGCAUCAGCGAGAGACAGCAGGAUGAGCAGAAAGCAGAAAACUCAGUUCAGUUCUCCCAGAUAGAAGACAGACUGGCUGAUGGACUGAACAGAACAACAGUGCUGAUGAGCAGACUGAGAUCCAGUGAAAAACAACUAGAGGAUCUGAAGCUUAUAAACUUGGACUUGGUGAGCAGAGUGAGAUCCGGUGAAGAACAGCUGGAAGAUCUGAAGACAACAAACACAGAUAUGGAAGUCAGACUUGGAUCCACUGAAGGAUGGCUGGACCAUCUGAAGAAUCACACUGCAGACUUGGUGAGCAGACUGAGAUCCAGUGAAGAACAGCUGGAAGAUCUGAAGACAACAAACACAGAUAUGGAGGUCAGACUUGGAUCCACUGAGGACCAGCUGGGCCAGCUGAAGAAUCACACUGCAGUUCUGGAGGUCAGACUGAGAGUCAGUGAGAGACAGCUGGAGGAGCAGAAAGCAGAAAACUCAGCUCAGUUCUCCUGGAUGGAAUCCAGACUGACUGAUGAACUGAACAGAACUGCAGGGUUUGAAACCAAGCUGUCAGCUGUAGCUCUUCAACUGAAUGUGAAGAAGGAGCAGCUGAAUGAUCUGAAGAGACAAAGCUUAGUAAGAGCAGCUGAACUGGCUUCACUUUCAGAGAGACUGGCUGCAGCUCAGGGAAACACAGAAGAUGAGCUGAAGGUGGCCUUUUCCGCCGGUUUGACUGAUUCAGGAAUAGUUGGUCCAUUUGAUAAGGAAACAACUCUGACCUUCACUAAAAUCAUCGCCAACAUUGGCCAAGGCUACAACAGCUCAGCAGGUGUUUUCACAGCUCCUGUCAGAGGGCUUUAUUUCUUCAGCUUCACGGCUGCAGAUUACUUGAAGGGUUACAUGGGUCUGUACCUAUAUAGGAACGAUGAGCCAAUCAUCUUCAGCCUGGAGCUGAAUGACCACGGCGGCUACGCCUCCAUAACCAGUGCAUUGGCUCUGCAGCUGGAUGAGGGGGAUCGAGUCCGCGUCGCUCUGCCAGCCAGCUAUCGGCUCUAUGACGACUCCCGAAACUUCAGUGUGUUCUCUGGCUUCCUGCUGUUCCCCGUCUGACAGGACUUAGCAGGAUCAAUGUGACCCAGAUACUUUGUUUGAGCAAGGCAUGAUCUUCAUUCAGAAAUAAAAAGUCAGAACUUUGAUUUUUGGUCAAUGGUAAAGAUUGUAGAGUACACUUUGAACAAACGUAACUCUAAAUAUAAUCUUCAAAAUAACAAUGAAAUAUACUACCAGUCAAAAGUUUGGACUUACCUUCUGAUUCAAUGGUUUGUCUUUAUUUUUAUUACUACCUCUGGGAACUCCUUCAAGACAGCUUUAAAACCAUUCCAAGUGACUAACCUCAUCGAGGGAGGGCCAAGAGUGACCAAAGCAGUAAUCCAAAAAAAGAAGGAGGGCUAUUUUGAAAAAGCUAAACGAUACAAGAUGUUUUGAGUUAUUUCACAAUUUUCUGUUUGAUACUUAAUUCCUGUAACUCAGUAGAUGAACUAGAAGAUAACUUUCAUUCUAAAAUGUCAGACAUCGUUGACUGCAUUGAUCCGGUUAAAGUGAGGUUGUUUCUGGGAAGAAAAAUCUCCUUGGAUGUCUAAAAAGGAUCGUAAAAAAAAACUAAGCCAUGGGUUUAUCUUUAGUCAAAUUGAUUACUGCCAACUGUGUCUCAAUAGGUCUUCUUAAAAAGUUGACAGCUGCAGUUGAUCCAGAACGCUGCUUCCUGCGUCGUCACUAUAGAGCACCCCAGUUCUAAAGUCCUCACAUUGGCUCACUGUAUCUUAGCGAAUAGACUUUAAAACAAUUCUGUCUCUGAAUUUAAAAUUACUGGAUGGCUUAGCACCAAAAUACAUUAAAUAUUUGUUCUAAUAUCAUCCUUCCAGACCAUUCAAGUGUUCUGGUUCAGGUCUACAUUGUAUCCUCAGAAUCAGAGCCAAACAUUGAGAAGCGCCAUUCAGUUCUUAUGCUGCACUUAUCUGGAACUAACAUCCAGCA